AUGGAUCAAGACUUAAAGUCCUCAAAGUACAAGGCCUACAAUCUGGACAUGCUGCCCCAGGCUGAAAUUUACAACCAGCCAGGGGGGAACUUUCAGGGAAGUGCAGUGAAUGGGGUUCCACUCUAUCCCGAUGAGACGCCAGGGAAUCCGCGACUGAGUCGAUUUGUGGUGCAGGGAUAUCAAGACCUAUGGGCUGGCGUUCUCUUUGUUAUUGUGCUUAUCCUGUCUGUGGUAUGGGGAGCAGUGAACAUGACCACGUAUGUGCCUAUUCCCUUAAAUACAACCCACCACGGUGCCAUCAACAUAGACCAUGACAAUGUGAACUUCUCUGCGUUCGUACUGUUGUUUGUUAUCUUUGCCGUUUCCGUUAUUGGGGCUUGCUGUUCGUUGGUGCUUUUAGGUAUGUUUCCAAGGCAACUCAUAUUUAUUGCGAACGUACUGACGGCUGUGCUUACUUUGGUUGGUGCAGUUGUGUCCUUUAUCUCGGGCAUUGUUGGUGUCGGUGUUGUUCUUGUUAUUGUUUGCAUCUUCCAAGCCGUUUGGCUAUACUUGGUGCGAGACCGUAUUAUGUUCUCUGCGGAACUUCUUAAAGCUGCAUCAGACGUUCUGACAAAGUACAAGGCCGUGUUUUUCUUUUCGUUCAUCAUGAGUGCGUUGUCUCUUUUGUAUAUGGUGUUUUGGUUUGCCAUGUGCUUUCCCUCUGUGGACCGAAUGAAUUUUGGAUAUAAUAAUACAGGGGACAGUCUUUUGUUUACGUUCUGCAUGCUGCUCCUCUUUUGGGUUUCACAGGUGGUGGCCAAUAUCAUACACGUCACAACAUCCGGUGUGACAGCUACUUGGUACUUUGCUGGAGAAGGACGAAUGCCACAGAAUCCAACACUGGCUUCCUUUAAACGUGCCACAACAACCAGUUUGGGUUCUAUUUGCUUUGGGUCCCUUAUGGUUGCCAUCGUACGCCUGUUACGGUGGCUUGCGGAAAGCGCAACCGAUAACGAAAAUGAGUUUAUUCGUUGCAUCACAGUCUGUAUCUUGUCUUGCCUGGAGUCGAUGCUGGAAUACUUUAAUUUGUACGCCUUUGUGCACGUUGCUGUGUACGGGUGUGGUUACAUUGAGGCCGCCAAGCGAACCUGGCAGCUAUGCAAACAGUGCUUCUUCGCCGCUUACUUUAAUGAUGCUCUCGUUGGAUCCACAUUGAAUCUUCUUUCGCUUGGUGUCUCGGCGCUGAUUGGCGUUGUGGUUGGACUGGCAUAUCUCUCCACCGCUGUUGGGGCAAUUGCCUUUUUGGGUUCGAUGAUUGUGCACGUCCUCUUCUUUUCAGCUGUUGAGAGUGCUGUGACGACAAUCUUUGUCUGUUUUGCGGAAGUGCCGGAGGGGCUGCAGCACUCCGCGCCAGAACUCUACGCUGCCCUGCACUACGCAGACCAGGGGGCCACGAACAACAAUGCCCCUUCUCCGGUAGUGUGA